AUGUUACUUAUAAUUUCUCUACUCCUGCUCCAUCAUCCUGUGUAUUCAAAUUUUGUUACUUGUCCACAACUUUAUACUAGUCGACAAACAUGCGAAUCUCAGAAAGGGUGCAUUUUCUAUGAUUGGAAACAAUCGAGUAUCAAAUAUCAUAUUAAUUUCAGCAUGUUAUUAUGAUUGUCCAUCCUAUCCACAAUAAGAAUGCAUUCUAUUGUUUAAUUGCAAGUGGGUGGAUCAACAAUGCCAAUUCAAAGCUUGUUUGGAUUAUUCAGAAUAGGGUAUAUCAUUUGAUUUUAAUAAUAGGACCUAAGACUUGCUCCAAUACUCCGGGAUGCAAUUGGUACUGGAAUAAAUGUAGAUAACAGGAUUGUCAGAAUAUUGGGGCAUCCACUUAAGCUGCUUGUUCCAAAACUUAUUGUGUGUGGGAUGAAAUUGGAACUAAAUGUAUCAAUAAAGCUUGCGCUGAUUAUUCAAAACCUAUUUGCCAGUAAUUAACUCAGUGCACUUGGAGUUCUGAAACUUGCACAGAUGCCGUUUUCUCUAAUUAUGGCCAACUUUUAAUGACUUUAUCGAUAAUAUUAUUAUCUUGA